AUGCUUGUAACGAAGAAGAAGUCUCUGACCGCCCUCCCAUGGCCCGCUACGCGCGGCAACGAAACCGAUGAGGAGAGAAAGGCGAGGAAGUUGCGGGCAGCGGAAGCAAAGCGGAGAAACGAUGCAAUAAAUCGCGAGUUGGAGGCUGAACGCCAGCGUAUACAUAAGCAAAGGGCGGGGAAGAUUCUGCUUCUAGGCCAGGCGGAGUCGGGCAAGUCGACCGUGCUAAAGAAUUUCCAGUUGCACCUCGCUCCCAAGGCCUUCGAACUUGAGGCUGAAAUAUGGCGGCCUGUCAUCCAUCUCAACCUCGUCAGAUCCGUCAACUUCAUCGUCAACCUAGCUAUGUCGCGUGGUCAAUUGCCCCGGCAAGAAAAUCCAAAGGUCCCAAGAGGCCCACGCAAACUAUCAACCUCCAUGACUCCGGAACUCCGUAAACUCACUGUCCGACUGGCUCCUUUACGUCAAGUAGAGGAGCACCUCAUUCAAAUUCUAUCUGGCCAGGAGGCAACCAAUGACUCUGGUGUGGCGCUAGUACAACCCUACAAUCCGACUAAAGCUCCUGAUAUCACCUUGUCUAAUGGAACGCAAUGGCGGAAGGCUAUGACUGUCCAUCGUAAACAUUCAAUUGAUUCUAUGAGCUCGACAGCGAGCAGGGAGUCAACGGAAAUCAUUCAAUGCCGACGGAUGCUGACAGCGCUGAGUAGUGACAUCGAAGCACUGUGGGCAAAUCGUUCCGUCCAGGAGAUGCUGAAAACGGCGGACAUUGCUCUUCACGAACAACCGGGAUUCUUUUUGGAUCAAGUGAAACGUGUUACGGGAGAGAAUUUCCGUCCACGUCCUGACGACGUUCUCAAGGCGCGAGUCAACACCCUUGGUCCUGAAGAGCAUACCAUCGUCGCGGAAAGUGGAAGCGAAAAGGAGAAACACUACACAAUAUAUGAUGUAGGAGGUAGCCGAAGUCAACGCAUUGAUAUCAUUAUAUUUCUGGCGCCCAUGUCCGGGUUCAAUCAAGUUCUCGCUGAAGAUACAAAUGUGAAUCGUCUGACCGAUUCCCUGCGACUAUGGCAAUCAAUAUGCAGUAAUAGGAUCCUCGCUGGUGUAGAAUUUGUUCUUUUCCUAAACAAAUUAGACAUCCUCGAGUCGAAACUGAAAUCUGGAAUUCAAUUUGCCGACUUUGUAACAUCCUACGGCAACAAACCAAACGAAACCGAGCCGGUGUCAAAAUACCUGCUUGAUGUCUUCAUCCGGAUCCAUAAGCAGUAUUCUCCAAAACGAAGAAAGUUACAUUCAUAUCUUACAUGCGCAGUUGACACCAAGGCAACUUCAGACAUCAUCACCAAAAUCCAAGAUGUCAUCCUUAUGAAGAUUCUCGCACGGGUCAACCUCGUAUAA